CGCUGGCCAAGGAAACGGCCUUCGUGGAGGUGGUGCUCUUCGAGUCCAGCCCCGGCGGCGACUACACCACCUACACCACCGGGCUGCAGGGCCGCUUCUCCCGCGCCGGGGCCACGCUCAGCGCCGAGGGCGAGAUCGUGCAGAUGCAUCCACUGGGACUCUGCAAUAGCAACGAUGAAGAGGAUUUGUAUGAAUAUGGCUGGGUCGGAGUGGUGAAACUGGAGCAGCCUGACCUGGAGCCCAAGCCCUGCCUCACCGUUCUGGGGAAGGCCAAGCGGGCAGUGCAAAGAGGAGCCACGGCAGUCAUCUUCGACGUCUCCGAGAACCCCGAUGCCAUCGAUCAGUUGAACCAGGGCUUAGAAGACCCUCUGAAAAGGCCAGUUGUGUAUGUGAAGGGGGCAGAUGCAGUCAAGCUGAUGAACAUAGUUAACAAGCAAAAGGUUGCCCGGGCCAGGAUCCAGCACCGGCCUCCACCGCAACCCACCGAGUACUUCGACAUGGGGAUUUUCCUGGCCUUCUUUGUGGUGGUCUCUCUCGUUUGCCUCAUUCUUCUUGUCAAGAUAAAACUGAAGCAGCGCCGCAGUCAGAAUUCCAUGAAUCGGCUCGCUGUGCAGGCCCUGGAGAAGAUGGAGACCCGGAAGUUCAAGUCCAAGCUGAAAAGCUCCUGUGAAGGCAGCUGCAGUGCCCUGGACACCCUCGGCAGCAGCUCCACCUCGGACUGUGCCAUUUGUUUGGAGAAGUACAUUGAUGGGGAGGAGCUGCGCGUGAUUCCCUGCACUCACCGGUUCCACAGGAGAUGUGUAGACCCGUGGCUUUUGCAGCAUCACACCUGCCCGCAUUGCCGCCACAACAUCAUCGAGCAAAAGAAGGGGGCGCUGAGCCAGGGCUGCGAAGAAAUGGCCAGCCAGCUACGCAGCCGCCAGCAGCAGCGCGUGAUCCUGCCGGUCCACUAUCCUGGCCGCGUGCACAGGGCCAGCCAGGUCACCACCUACCCUACGCGAACCAGCAUGGAUCCCCAUGGGAACCCCAUCACAGUCUUGACGGUGGACCGCCACCGGGAGACACCCGCCUUCAUCCGCAGCUGCCAGCCCCUCCACCUGGACCACGGCUUAACCGCGCACCCCUGUGCCAUGGAGCACCGGGCUUACCCCGCAGCCCACCCCUUCCGGAGGCCGAAGUUCGGGGGCGGCCACCCCUUCUCCAAGCCGGCUUGCUUCUCCCAGUACGAGGCCAUGUUCCAGCACUACUACUUCCAAGGCCUGAGCUACCCCGAGCAGGGCGGGCCGCUUCCGCUGAGCAUGGCUGCCAAGGGCCCCUCCCAUGCCUUCCAGCCUGCAGGCGGGGGCGGCAGCAGCGGCGGCAGCAGACUGUUCACCCCCACGGUCCACGUGGCGCCGUCCUCCCGCCUGGAGAGUGGCAGCAACUCUAGCUUCAGCUGCUACCACGGCCACCGUUCCAUCUGCAGCGGCUACCUGGCUGACGGCCCCGGCAGCGACAGCAGCAGCAGCGGCAGCAGCGGCAGCGGCAGCUCGGCCCAGUGCCGCUGCUCCUCCAGCGACUCCAUGGUGGACUGCACGGAGGUCAGCAACCAGGGCGUCUACGGGAGCUGCUCCACCUUCCGGAGCUCGCUGAGCAGCGACUACGACCCCUUCGUCUACCGCAGCAAGAGCCCCUGCCAGGGGGCCGAGGCUGGCGGGGCAGGCCGGGGGGCAGUGCUGCUCCUGGAGGGCCCUCACACUCCCAGCCCCGCAGCCGGGGAAGGCCGGCCCGUCCUGCUGUCCAUGGCGGGGGACCAGCUCUCGAACUACAGCUUGGAGAUGAACUACAGCAGCAGCUCCUCACUGGAGCACAAGGAGGCCCUUGGCCUGGUCUCCGAGGGGGGGGCAGGCUUGGACGCCCUUCCCAGGGGGGUCGGGGAAGCCAGCCAAGCCUGCAGGGGGCCUCGGGAGCAAGCGUGCGCCUGCCGUCUGGAGGCUCCGCAUGCGCCGAGCCGGGAGCCCCUCAGCAGGGUGGCCGAAUGCGGCGCACUCCUCCUCGGCCCGCCGCUCUGGACAGGGCGGGGCCCCGGGCCGGACCCCCCGGCACGGAGGAAUAUGGGCCUGCACAGGAUUCGGACCGAGGGGGGGACGUGCGAGGCCCUGUCCUGCUGCUUCUAUGAAGAGAAGCAGGUGGCCAGCGGGGGUGGCCCCGCACAGCCGGGCUGCCUCGUGGAGGACUGCGCCGUGGACGUGCGGUACGCCUGCGCAGAGGACCCCUUGCCCGGCUGCUUCGUGGGCGUCUGCGACCGAGGCCAGCGCAUCGCUAUCAUUCCCGAGGACCGAGACUGCGAGCUCACCCUGCCCUUGGAUUGCCACGGAGGGGGCGGCAGCCCUUGGGGGGGGCCGGGCGGCACGGCAGAUGCAGGCCAGCUCCACCUCCCUCCGGGAGAGGCCCGCCGUGAGCCACAGGAACGGCCAGAGUGGCGCUGCCGGCCAGCACCCCUGCGGGAGGAAGCCCCGGGGCUCUUUGCCAGCCCUGCCCUUACCUGCCCCGAGGUGACAGUGGCGAUGGCGGCAGCCGGGCCCCAGACCAUGGGUUGCUCUUCGGCGGUGCAGGGACAGGCUGGGGACUGACAGGAGGAGGAGGAGGUGCCUCCCACCCUCAGCUGGACUGCAAGAUCGUCUUUGGCCGCGGCGAACCCGCGGAAGUGGUUCCCGGGGCAGGGUGGGGCGGCUUCAGCCCCACAUGGCUUCCCGGGACCCGGCGUGUUCGUGGAGAGCCACAGCACAGCCACCACUGCCAUUGCUGCUGCUGCCGCCGCCGGGCAAGGGGCCUGUCCGAAACAACCGAGGUACACUGUGGACAGAGACGGCCCUCCCACGUGGGGAGGCCCGGCCUGCCUUAAAAAGCAACUAGCACCUUGAAGCGAGACGUGUCCAAAGGGGGGUGGCAGUGAGCCGCCCGAGUCCUGGCACAUGGCCUUUCCUUCUUGCGCUAAGUCCAAAUGCCGUGGGGGCGAGGGCAGGGAUGAGCGCCGCGUGGGGCAGCUUUGUGGAUAGCCUCACCUGCUCGCAGCCGGGUUCGUUCCCUUGAGAUCUGGGGAGGCAGAAUGUCUUGGAGGAUAAAGGCUGCCUAAGUGCGAAUAGUUUCAGGGGCUCCACUGGAAGAAGAGGAGGAAACAUUACGGGGCAUGAAAUAUGCCCGAGGCUCUUCGGCCGUGUGCUUGGACAGAUGCUGGACCGAAGCACCACCUUCUGGUCGCUGCUGACUUGUCCAGGGCCCUGUGCCUUCUUGGCCUGCCUUCGUGCUCCCGGGCAGGCCAAUCCCUUCUUGUCAUUUUAGCAUCAAUGCAUGUUGUCAUUUCCACUUACUGUUUCCUGUGGAAACAAUCACACUGUUUGCACAACACGGCAGUCCACUGUGGGUUAUUGAAUUCAUGGAGAGGCUGUUGCAUGUGCGGGGCUCAUGGUUUGGUUUCAGGGUAAUGCCAAGGUUGUUUAACUCUUGCCUGGCCUCCAUUCACCUGGUUUGCCUGAUUUCCUCUGGGACACUCUCCUCUAAAAAAGCAGGAAUUGCAUGCACAGCUUGGUGCUCCUGAGUCCAGCAGCUUAUCAUGGGUUAAAUAACCCACAAUGAACCGUGGAGUGGUGUCCACACCUGGUCAGUGGCUUCUGGCUGCCACAGGGCAUGGUUGCACAAUUCCAGAUGGCACCUCUUCUGUGUGGAACCAACAAAGUGGGAAACCCCAGAGCAGAAGCCAAAAACAGUAGGGCGGACAAAAAGGAUGACUCAUUCGGCAACAGCGGAUUGUUCGCUUAGUUCAUUUCAAUGGUUAAUUUAAUGGAAGAAAAGAACCAUGUUGUCUCCUGUAUUACUUUCUGCUCUUUGGCGACCUCUUCUGUGUGGUCAAGACCAGGCAAAUGCACACUUCGGUGUCUGUGGGUACAUGUAACUCAGGCGGUGUUCUGUCUUCUUCAUGUCUGUACCGGACAUUUGGCUAUUCCAUGCCCAAAAUGUGUACCAAGGGGAAAAGAUUGUUUGUUUUGUGUUUUAAAAUAUAAUGUGCCUAGAUCUCUUCCCCACGCCAUGAGAAAAGGGUCUAAACACUUUGUGUCCCGUGCAUGAACAAGGGAAGGCCUCCUGAACAGUUUAAAGUAACUCCUGACCAGUCCAAGAGAACAAUGGAAAGGCCCCAAUAUUUUUAUCUCUCUUACAUUUCACUGUUACCAGAUCACACACAGAAAUGGUUUGCCCAUGUGCCUCGUCGUGCCCUCUGUGAUGUCUGUGCAGUUCCACGCAUGACUUCUGCGCUGCCAAGAGCGCCGUUGCAGCGCUUGCCCUCUGCUUUCGAGCAGGAGUCCCCUCCACUGCCUCGUGUCUGAAGGGCCAGGCAAGCUGCUCUCCUCAGCUCCUGUUUGAGCUUAAAUAGCAUGACAAAGAACUCUUUAGAGCUUUAGCAGUGUUUCACCUGCUAUUAUACUGCAAACAGUAUGCAUACAUUAGAAACACCUUCAUUGGCAUUUAACUUGGAAUUAAAAUCAAAAGACCCAAAAGAGGAAGUUUGCGGACCAUAUGCGGUGCCCCGUCCAUGCGCACUACCUAAAUUUUCUUCAGAAGAUACGCCUUCAUUUGGUGCCAGGCUCUCUGGCUCUGGGCAUUAAAUGCCUUCAGCCUGGUGCCAUGUCACUCCCAGCAGCUCAGCCAUCUGCUUUGCCUGGUCCACGUGCUCCUGUCAUAGCAUCUGAAGGAAUGACCCGAAAACAUCUGGUGUCUCACUCCGGUGCCCCAUAGAGCUGACUCAAGUCCAGUGCUGCGGCCUUGGUACCAGCAAUUUGCCUGCUGGAUGUUCAGGACCUCGAUGGCCCCGGAGCUCAGCCCCUUAAGUGCAAACUGCCCUGGGCUUGGUACCCAGCAUCCCAUGAGAGCCGCGCAUCCUCUGUGUGGGUACUUUUCCCUGUGCACAUAGGCUGGGGAGCAGGGACACGGAUGUCUUGUGAGCUUGGUAGCUGCUCCUUGACCAGAUGUUCUGAAUGGGCCACGUCAUGGCAGCUGGGACACGCAAAGGCGUUUUCCUAGUCCUUGUUCACAGCCUUCAUCUUGACACGGCUCAGGCACUGCAUGGGGCAUCUUCCUCUGUUGCUUGGCCCACCCAAGGCUUUGCAUUUAGCUCACAUCAUUAUUCUGGGAUGAUGGUCCAUUGAAUUGGCUCUAAGCCUGGGUGUUUCUGACCCCUCUGCCCUUCUCUGGUUUACACCCCGGAACAACAGUUAGGAAAAAAACGCUUUGCCUUGAUUUGAAGGAGGUCUGGUCAGCAUAUUAGUUGGCAUUUCAAGGGCAAGCUUCCACCCUGGGACUUUCGGCUGGUAUUGGAUACUUCACGGUGUGUGGCCAGCAGCUAGCUGCUCAAGUAGAUCACCGUAGCAGGAAUCAAUUCUCAAAUGUUUGAAGGAAAAGGCUUGGACGGUGGUAUGCUUAGGUGCUGAUGGGUCGCUCUCAUCGGGCAGGCCUCAGAGGCCAGGAGCCCCAGCCGCUGAAGCUGCCUGCCCAGCACGAAUGCUGGGCUGCCCCUGCCUCGUGGGUCCUUGCCUUGUUGACACUGAUGUCAGUCCUGGAGCUGCUGCUUCAUAUUCCUCCUCCUCCGCACCACUCAAGUGACAAUGCCUUUUGCGGUGCUUGCCAGUGCUUGAAAAGCUUUUUGGUAUGAGGGCCUUUCACCCCGACCUUGCCUGCCUUCUGUACUCUGGAGCAGGCCUGGACGGUCCUCGGGGCUGUUGCAGGUCCCUUCCUUCCCCAGGGAACCUCUUUCCUGCUUUGCUCGCAGAUGGUCUCUUCACACAAUUUCUUCUCCCUCAGUUCUCCAGCUUUGUCACUUGUCUGUGCGAACGCCUCGCUCAGCGGCUGGUCAGGACAGCACCGUGCCCAAAGGUGAACGAGGAUCACUUCCCACGGCCUUUUUUAGGCACCUCGGUGCUCCUGGCCGCCCCCCGCAGACUGGCCUCGUUCCAGCGAGAGCAGAGGAACAGCCCCGUGCGAGUCGCAGCAGGGAAGGGCUCUCCUCCAUGCGCACGCGCGCUCACGCUGGUUGUCUGGACCAGUCCUCCUGCGUGCGCCUGUGAGUGGCAUGGAUGCGGGGGGGAGGCGGGGGGGCGGAACCCCCAACACUGCUUCCUCCUCCGGUCUCCUUUCAGUGAGGACGCCAUCCUUGCUUCCAGUAUCGCCUGCUGCUGUGCGCAGCAGAGCGCGUUCAUUUCGGGAUAUGAUGCGUGUCGCUGCCACGCCUUCCCUUUGUUCUUCCACUUUUGCGAACGGGAUGGGACAAACGUCAUGCCGAUGCAGCCGUGGCCGAGUGGGGAAUUCCUUGUUCAGAGCUGCAGCAAUAUGGGCACCGAUGAACCGCGUUUUCCAUCUUUGGUCCUUUACUAUUAUGAUAGUAACUGCUAUUGGGGCGUGUAUACGGCUCUCCAACCCUCACCCUCUCAGAUCCUUGGAGGGCCUGUGUAGGAGUGCUCCCCCUCAGGGGCUGCUUGUGUGCCAUGCCUCUUCUCCAGGGUCCUUGGGAGGCCUGACCCACGGGCGAUGUCCUUGGGCCUGCCCUGUCUUUCUGUCUGACGCAGCUUGUGCACUGACACCUUCCCAUUACGGAGGACUGGCAGCACAUGACUCCGUGGGGCAGAGCCAGUGCAAGCUCAUGCUGCAUGUGUAGUGGCAUGUCAGAAAGGAAGCGAAUGCUCCGUGAAGAGAGUCUCCAGCUGUGUAUUGUCACGAUGCUCUUUGUGCGUUGAUCCUUACUUUUGCAAGGCUCAGUUAAGAAUGUAAGGCUCCCCUUCACCUGUGCUGGAACUCUCUUCAAAGAGCUCCUGUUGAUGAUGACAUCAGUGCCGUCUCUGUGGGGCCUCUUCUGGCCAGAGUGGCAGGGCUCGGCCAUCACUCCUGCAAGGCCUCCGAGACCGUGUCAGAGAUGGGCCAGAGCAACACACCUGUGGAUAUGACCUCCGCUGCAGGGCCUUUGGGGCCUGCACCCCCUGCGGAGUUCAUCAGUCUGCCUUGUGUGCGACUGUACAGACGGCAUGGAGAAGAGAACCACACUCAUGGGCUUCCCCGUACGUGCAGUUCUCCGAGUCCACGGCAGUCCCAGAGCCCUCCCUUCUUCCCCACUGUUCGUCCCUGCCCUUGACACUUGGAGGGACACACAGUUUUCCUGCUCAAGGGCAGAAGCUGCAAGCUCUUCUAAGCUCUAGAGGUUUCCAAAAUGCACAGCUGCAGAACUGAAAUGGGCGACUGCACAGAUAACACUGCAAGAAUUACCAUUACAGGUAAAAGUAACUUAUUUCAGAAUGAGCCACUGAUCUCUACACUUAAAUUAGCAGCUUAGUGGCAGGGAGGGUAGGAAGAGGCUACCAGGCGUGCUCCAAGCACCAGGUCACGUCAUUAAAAACAAACAACCCUCAGCAGGAAGAUUGUCUCCCACUGCCCUGCUGUGGCGCUUCAGUUUUACCAGCCUUUCUAUUGCAUGUGUCUGCAGCUUUUCCCUGUCUGGAGCCCAUUCAAGAGGAACGUUUUGUUUUGGUCAGUAUAAGGGACCUUUCUACUGCAAAAGGCCUGUUUAAUUGUUGCCAUCUUGAUGGGCUUGUGAGGCACUAUUUUUAAAAAAAUGAAAUUUGAACUUCUGUAGCACUUAAAAACACAGUUUGUAUAAAAUUUAUUGUAAAGAUUUGUAAUAUGGUUAAAGGGCUCUUUCUUACCAUUACCAUUUUUAAUGUUUCUAAAGCUAGAAAACAACUUGUGUAUAUUCUGUAUAUUAAUAGCAGCACAUUUCAUUUAUGGAAAGAUGUUCUCAGAAUAUUUAUUUACUAAUAUAUUUAUCUUAAGCCAUGUCCUAUGUUGCGUGUGUUAUGUUGUCUAAAAUAAUAAUAAUAAUAAUAAUAAUAAUAAUAAUAAUAAUAAUAAUAAUUGAAAAUCACUAACAAGAAGCCGUGUAAAUACACAGUAAUUGCACACAAAGAUUUUACAAUGUUUGCUGACCAAAAAGUGAUUUUAAAUUGUUGUAGCUCUCUACAGUUUUGUAACAAAGUGUACAAAUUUCUGUUUAAAACAAACAAAAAUACAGUUUUAUUGUCUAACUUGAAA